AACGGCUAGAAAUAGUCAGUAUCGCGUAAUCAAAAUGGCGUCAAGUUGAUUACUCUGCCCGGAGUUGUAUGUGAAGCAGCCAGUGUUUAUGUUGAUGAGAUGAUUGACUUCAACAGAACAAAAAAUGGUGGAGUUUUUUACAUCAGCAUUGUGCCAUUUUGAAUGUGAAGUACCACUUUAGGAUUUUUUGUUGUGUAACGUGUGUGGGAGGUCUCUAGAGCGCAUGGAUAACUAAAUGACGUCACUUCGCAUGUAUGUCCCUUCCUCCUGGUCUGGUAGAAUGCCAAGUCUGACAGGAACGAGUCGUACAAGUGAUUAUAACUCCGGAUAUACACCGAGUACGAAAACUACCUACCAUGCCUCUUCCACCCUAUCAAGACCGACUAGAGCAUCCAGUCUCCCCAGAAGUCCUUCUUUUGUCACACCAAGUACCACGAGGACAAGAGCUGGCUAUUCUGGUUCGUCCUCAGGCAGCACUAGGCCGACAUCACGGUCCAACAUCACAACAAAAGUUUCAUCAAGAACACUACCACCCGGACCAGGGCCAUUGGAUUCAUCAGGAAAGAAGUUGAGCAAUUACUCAGUCAAUGGCCCUUCUUCGACUCGUGACUUUAAAACACGUUCAAAUACUAGUUCCUCAAGCAUAGGAGGUAACGGACCUUUAAAAGCUGAUCAUAACAGCACAACUUACACUAGUACGUAUGGGUACGGAUCUACUUCAACGUCAACAUUACCAAGAGGGGAUCGACCUACUAGUGGGUUGAAAGGUCGAAGGUCGUCAAGUAUUGCAAGCCUUAGUGAGAAGGCGUCCUCACUACGAAUUGAGGAUGACCUUACAUCUUAUACACCAAGAUCAAGGGUGUCUGACACGCAGGAUUUAUCCUCAUCCCGGACCUCCAAGCGAGACCAGUAUGAAUUAGAUAAUCGCGAACAUAGAAGGAACAGUCGAACCGCAAGUGUAGAACCUAAAGAAACAAGUAGUACCUCAGACUUUUUCUCCAAGAAUUUUACAUCUUCAAAUUCAAGACUAAGUAGUCCCUCCCAUGAAAAGGAGUCAAGUCUGCCGCCAUCAGGGCGGAAGUAUGAAAAUGGAUUAGAUUUAUUGUCAAAAGCAGGACGCAGCUCCUCCAACUCAUAUACCUCUACUGCGCAGGUUAGUAGCCGCUACAUGCAUGCAGGAAAGACUGGUCUCCGGAAUCUUGGGAAUACAUGUUUUAUGAGCUCAGUACUUCAGUGCCUUAGUAACACCAAGCCUCUGAUUGAAUUCUGUCUAAAUGAGGAAUAUCUGUCGGAGAAAAACACAACUACCAGCUCUAUGAAGGGACAGCUCAUGACCGCCUAUGCAAGUUUGAUGAUGUCGAUGUGGAAGGAUAACGAUGCCUCACAUUUAUCUCCCAGCGCUUUCAAGAUGCAGGUGCAGAAGUUUGCACCCAGGUUUACAGGCUAUGCACAACAAGAUGCUCAGGAGUUUCUGCGUUACCUGUUGGAGGGUCUACACGAGGAUGUAAACAGAGUCCGAUCAAAACCCAAACCCGUCACCAUCAAGGAUGAGGACUUCACUAACGACAGUGAAAAAGCGGAGGAGUAUUAUAGAGUUUACCUUUCCUAUGGUAACAGUCGGAUAGUUGAAAUAUUUGUUGGUCAAUUGAAAAGUGAACUGAGAUUCAAAGAUUGUGGUCACAAGUCGACAACAUUUGAUCCGUUCUGGGAUUUGUCUGUGCCAAUUCCAAAGAGAGGGUCCCAGGUCAGUAUACAACAGUGUAUCAACCUGUUUAUGAAGGAAGAGGAGCUCGAUCAUGAUGAACGACCUACGUGUGAGCAGUGUAAGAAGAGGAAAGCCUGUACCAAGAGUUUCAGUAUACAGAGAUUUCCACAGAUCCUCGUCCUUCACUUGAAGCGUUUCAGCCAAGGCCGUUACAGCCAGAAAGUAUCGUCCUGUGUAGACUUCCCUAGUACCUUAGAUAUGACCGACUACGCUUCUGAAAAAGGUACACAACGAGUGGUAUACAAUUUGUAUGCCGUCAGUAAUCAUAUAGGAAGUGUGUAUUCAGGCCACUACACCGCCUACUGUAAACAUCCCUACUCUGGCGAAUGGAACUCCUUCAAUGACACCAGAGUGUCUUCGACGACUUCCAGUAGUGUGAUAUCACCAGAAGCCUAUGUGUUGUUUUAUGAACUGUCCAGCCAAAGGUCUGCACGCCUAUAACCUCAACACUAGAUCAACUUGUUGGACUUGGAACUAACUCACAAGUACUUUACAGAAACUACAUUUGAUUUAUCAAGCCUCAAGGCGAUGAUAUUGGAUUCUGCUGAGACCAUUUACAUCCACUCAACUGUAUACAGUUUUCUUGUUGAACACAUUUCUUUUUAAAGAGAAUUAUAACAUGAAAUUAAUUAUACAAUCGAAGAAUAAAUCUAUUUAGAAUCAUUAUAGAAUAAUAUUUUUUUCAUGUAAAUGAUUCAUUUUGAUAUUAGAUAAUCAUAAUUCUGAUUGAAGUUUUAUUGUGGAAAAAAUCUUAAAUACACUUGAUUUUAAAGUAUUGAACACAGUUGCACUAACAACUUCAUCCUCAGUUUUUCUGCUGUUAUAGAAGAAAAUAACAGGAAAAAAUACUCGCACAAGUAUUGUUAGAUGUUUAUGAAAGAUAAUGUUUUUGUUUAGUUUAAAACUUUGUUAAAAGAUUCCAGUUCCAGCUUUGUAAAAUAAUGACCAACAGAAUCAUUGAAUCAAGGAACCAAACUCCUGGCUUUGGUCAAUUGUUGGUGAUGACAGUAUGUAUCUGCGAUUAAAGUAAUUGUUUUUGGGAAAAAAUUGCAAAAUUUGAUAUUAAAAAAAAAAACAAAAAAAACCCCAAAAACUUUCACUUGUGUAACAUUCAGCCAGUAAAAGUAAAAGGAUUUUUCUAUAUCAUAAAAACCAGAGGUGCUGGACAUUUUAUCAGAUAUCAUUAUACUUGAGACGUUGUCAUUUCUUGUCACGUUUAUUUCUACUUCAUUUAUUAAUGAGUGGAGAUUAAAGUUUUUAUUUUCACCCCCAAAAGAAAUGUGAUUAUUAGUCAUAUUUACCUAAGUUUAGGGCCGAUGUUAUUUAUUCUAACUGAGAUGUGGUGUGGGGUUCACCUGAGUUUUAAUGUUUGGAAAAAUGAUAUUUGUAAAUGUUAAAGUAGGAUGGAUAAUAUUUAGUUUGAAGGGAAAUAUUAAUUUAUUUAGGAUAGUAUUUGAAUAUUUAGUAUGAAGGGGGAAAAAGAGCAUGCUUUAAAUAUUUAAUAUGAUGGGUAACUUUCUUCGGUUAUCAAUGUAACUGAAUGGCCGUUGGUAAUAGAACUAUUAUAAAAUAUUUAUUUUAUUUAAACUACAUUUUCCCUGGAUACAAAGCAGCAAGGGACUUAUGUAACCAGCAGCUUUACAGAGUAAAUUUGUGGAGAACACUUGUUGAUCCUGUAGAUAGGUCCGUUUAAUUCUAAUCGUGUGUCACAUGUGUAUGAAUGGUGAUGAUAUUGUGUUUUAUUUGGGAGAAAUUUUGAUAUUUUAUUAAGUCAUUUAAGUUGUGAAUUUAAUUUAUCAAUUUUAUUUGUGAUAUUAUUUCCACCCAUUUAUAUAUGAAUUAGUUUUGUAUGAAAGGGCAAUAAUUCUGUCAUUACACAUGCUCAGGAAAUCUCUGUCAUAAUUAUACAUUGAAAAACUCCAUGUUGGAAUUAACUAUUGAAUAAUCAUACACUCACAAUAUAAAUUCUCAAUCUCAAGUAUUGGGUAUGAAAAAAAAAACCAAUAAAAAUGAAAAACAUACCUCAUGCUGCUGACCAAAUCAAAUAUAAGGAAGUUUACAUUUGUUUGGUGAUUUUUUUUUUUUUUUUUUUAAAAAGAAGAAAAAAGCUGAUACAUUUAAAGUUUUGUCCUGGUUUUCUUUCAAAUGAAGGACAUACUAAUAAUGUCGGACUUGUACAUGACAAAUGUCAAAAUGUUGAAAUGAUUUUUUUUAUUUUAUGAUGAGACUAAUGUGUGGUUUGUGAGGACAUACUCUGAGUGUUGAAUCACGGGAUCAACGUUUUCAGUAGUGUAAUAUAUUGUAUUUAUCUGAUUAGUCAGUUCCCUAUAAUCGCUUGCCAGUAGAUUCUGAUUAACAGACUUUAUUUUGAUUUGUGAGUUGGAUUUGAGAGAACAAUGAUAGUCUGGUCAACUAAAACUCUUUUAUUCAUCUUCUAUAUCAAAUUUAAAGAAGCCAAAAAACCCAUUUAAAAAACCUCCAACUUUAUGUUGUGUCCUUAUGUACUAAUAUUUUUUGGAGUAACAUACUUCUUAAACAAUGCUUGCUGAGUAAUUUACCAAUACCAUCUCAGUCAAACUUAGCAAAAGCAAAAUAUAUCCUAAAAACUGAUGAUUUUGCUUACUUUCCUAAUUCAACUUCAAAGCACUCUUCUACAAUCCUAAUAUAUUGAAGAACUCUGCUACCUUCCUUCACCAUAAACUCUGAAUUUAGAAAUGUAUUUGUUAUCCCGAUUAAAUACCUCACAAAAUUAAAUCUGUUGUUCCAACAUUGUGUUACCAUACUGAGAUAUUUAUUUUUAAUGUAAAACAACGAAAAACAUUAGAGGAAAUUUCUCUCUUUAAGAUGCUACAUUACAACCAAAGAGUAAUUAUGAUUGAUUGAAACAGGAAUUAGACCAUUGUUUAUUUCUGUACAAUUUGAAAAGUUACAUUCAAUACUUUAUACUAUUACCACUCUUAAGCUUCUCUUUUUUUAUCUUUAAACUUUUGAAGUGAACUAAUAAUUAAAAGCAUCCAGAGGUAAAUCUGAAUGCUGUGCCUCUGUAUGUGGUUCAUGCUUUACAGCUGUCUGCUGAUUCAUUGUUUUCACCAGUAAGUUUGUUUUUCACCAAGUUUGCUGCAUAAUUUUUACAGUUCAGCAUUAUCACCUGCUAAUCAACUUUUCAGUGACAUGAUUAUCAAUUUGAGCAAAUAAUGGUUGUAAACUAUUUUGACUGUCAUGCAAGAUUUGUUAAGAAACUUUGUAUACACUGAAUGGCUAUACAUUAUGUGAAAUGUUAAAAAUGAAGAUUAAGGAAUCUCUUGUUCCUGUUUUAACCCCCCCCC